UUCGGUUCUCUGUCAUUCACGUCAGAUUAAUAAAACUUGUACAUGUUUUGGAAAUGUUUCCGUAAUCGUCUUUAAUUACACAAUAGACGCCUCCAUUUUAAAUAAAGCAUAAGACGAUUUAUAGAGUAUUUUCUCUUACUCUCAUCAACAAACUGGAAUAAUAAUAAGAAUAAUAAUGUUUGAAUAUAUUUUUAUAGAAUGAAGUCAUGCAGUCAUAGAAUCAUAUUAGUAUCUUAAGAUUACUUAAAGUAAUAAUUAAGCAUGAAUGCCGGUCAUAGUUUUUAUGUCGUGUUUGCUCUCUUAUACUUUCGAUAUAUAGAAAUGUUGUUCCAUUAUUGUUAUUCAUCGUUGUUAUAUUUUUAAUUUAUUAUGUGAAGAUAACAAACCUAUUUAUUUGAAAAAUAUUACAGUGAAGAUAGAUUUUCUGAAUUUGAAAAUUUAAAUGGAUCAGAUAUGUUAACUUCUAACGAUAUACUUGACAAUAUCCAAUUUUAUGAUUCAACAAUUGAAGUAAUAGGUUAUGUUGAUGGCAUAGAAGCUCCUCGUUAUGUAGGAAACAAGCAACAGUACAAAGUUUUUAAAUUUUUUUUGAAUAACGGAAAUGGGAAGCGAAUACAAGUUAUUACUUGGAACGAUGAUAUCGACCGAGUAGAACCUCAUAUAAAAUCAAAUUACAUUAUUUAUUUAGACGGUGUACAAGCUCGCCCACCUAAAGCAAUACAAUUUAACAAUGGAAAUGUCCCUUACGAAUUACAAAUUCGUUCAAAUACCAUUAUUUCAAAUUUAGGAAAAUAUAAAUUAAUAAAUUUAUUAAAUAAAGUAGAAGCUGAGCAUGUUCAAUUAUCUGAUGUUUUAAAUACAACAACGCGUGUCAUCAUAGAGGGUUACAUCAAAACAAACUUUGGUAAAGUUUACAAUAAUAAAUUAAAUAAAAUAAUCGGUUGUGGAUCAAUAACUGAUGGAGAAUAUAAAUUAGAAGUUCAUAUAAUGAACUUCAAUGAAAAUGAUUACAACUAUCUUGAUUUUAAAAAAGGCAGUAAAAUUAAAAUAAUUGGAACAAUACAAACAGUUGAUCCCCCAUAUUUUAUAGUGCAAAGUGUGAAAGAUAUUUCAUUGAUAGAUGGACAUAUGCCAUUGGAUAAAGUUAUAAAAGUCGCUCGUACUCUCGAAAGAAAUUUAGAUAGUAAUUCGUUACAACAGCAACACAAUAAGAAGAAUAAAAUGGAAUAAUGAUACUCGAAAUGUCGCUGUAUUAAUAAUAAAAAUAAUAACAAUAAUAAAAAUAAUUAUUAAAAUAUUGUUUUUAAAAAAAGUAAUAUUAUAAAUAUUUAUAAUAAAUGUUAAAUAUUAAAUAUUAAUUAUUAAAAAUU